AUGCAAGUCAAUACUUAUGAAACUAUAGCUGAGCCAAACCAAACUGAUUUGCAAGAAAAUCCUGUGAAAAUCACUACAAUGGAACAGCAACAAACCCUUCCAAUAGAUCAAAACCCCGCGGUCGAGAGUACUAUGGAAUCAGCCGCCAUCUUAAAUGGCAAUCAAGAUAUAUCCAAUGCAAAGCAAGGAGAUGCUCAACGGACAAAUGAGGGCGAACAGCAGAAGCAGAAAGAACAGAUUACCGCUGCCGAGCAUGAAAACAUACCGAAUGCUGAAUCUGAGGCCUCACAGCAAUUAACGAACAAGUCCGAGAAUGCUGGACAGAGUGUAGAAGAAGAAGAAGUGCAGAUUAAAGAAGAGCCUGAAGAAAUUCAAGUAAAACUUCAAACUACCGACAUCGCCCCUAAUAUUCAUGUAAAGGCAGAACCACAAGAACCAACAGUGGAAGUUAAAACGGAACCUGAAGACGAUACCAUGAGAAAUUUCUUUAUAUCCACAGCCCCGAACGAAGAUAUCGCUCCAUUGUCUGAUGACGACAUCAACGUGGAUGAUGUAUCAUCUUCAGAAGUAUCUAGUUCAGAAGACGAGGACAGUUCAGAUUCCGACUCAGAUUCGGACUCCGACUCCGAAUCAGAAGAAGAAGAAAGUACAAAUAAACAAGAUCUUGACGACGAAGAGGACGAAGUAAAUGAAGGACCAAUCAAAUCAACAAACGAAAUAGUUGAAAAGGCACCCGUAUUACCUGAAGACUACUCGAUUCCCGAAAACUCUCCGAUUGAAGAUAUUGGAGAAGUUAUCGGAUUAGUGGAAAAUUCAAUUAUCAUAAAAGCAAAAACCUCGGGAGAAUUUAGAGUCUUGCAAGAAGGCUCUGUAUUCUGCUUUGAGGAUAGAACUGUCAUUGGGCCAUUAUUUGAAAUAUUUGGAAGAGUACAACAACCUGUCUAUAGUGUGAAAUUUAAUUCCAAAGAAGAAUUCGAAAAAUUUGCAGGCUGUAAAGGCAAAAGAGUAUUUUACGUGGUGCCUGAUUCCCAAUUCUUGUAUACUGAUUCAAUCAAAAAUUUGAAGGGGACCGAUGCAAGUAAUUGUCACGAUGAAGAAUUGCCGAUUGAAGAGCAAGAAUUCUCCGACGAUGAAAGGGAAUUGGAUGCAAAACAAGCUAGAAAGAAGAAGAAUAAAAACAAAAAUAAAAAUAAGGAACAAGGUUCAGGCCAACAGCAGGGAUCGAACAACAGGAGGAGGACUAGCAAUGCUGGCGAGAGCACACCAUAUAAACGAACCCAACAACAUGCAGUCCCAUCAUAUCAGCCACUUAACAAUGCAAGAUCAACUGUUCAGGACAGAAGAGGAGCAAGUCAAUAUGCCAAUUAUCAACAACCACCAGGCCAAUUUGCUGGCUACGGCAAUUACAACCAACCAAUGGCAGCUCCUUCUCAACCUCAAUCAACUUACGGACAACCGUAUUAUCCACAUGCUGACAAUUUCCAACAACAGCAACCUCAGUAUGGAGCUUAUCCAACCUAUCAGAAUCAACAAGCCGCAAUGCAUCAUGGAUCUCAGCCAAACUUUCAAGUCCAGGGAUUUUAUCAGCAACCACAGCAAUAUCAAUCCCAGCCACCACCACCACCACCACAAUAUCCACAACAGUAUCACUCAGAAUACAACCCUGUUGCAGUUAAUACACAACCACCGCAACAACAGCAACCACAAGUUGACCCUGCUCAACUUGCUGAAUUACAAAGAUUACUUUUGCAGCUGAUGCAAAAUAAGCAGAACCCACAAAUGCCUCAAUAG